UUACAGUGAGUGCUUUUCUAAUAUCAUGAACUAGCCCACCUUUUCAAUAGAAUAGUUUCAGGUACACAGAUCUACUAGCAAAGGAAAUAUUACUCCAUAAGAGUGGUGCUGCUACAUUCCUGAAAACGCAAAAAGGCAUUCUAUUAGAAUGAUUUCUAUUACUUCAUCCUUCUGAUAAAGACUAAAUGGUGCAAUGUGACUAAAAGAUCCUUUCCUUUCCUUGGGUUUUCAUCAACCAUGGAUGUCCAUUUCUUUGUAACAUUAGUAAGAAAAAUGCUACACUGUAAAUUUAUUGGAGAUUUUAAAUCCCUUCUUUUGGGGUAUGGGCUUAUGUAGGUUUCGUCAUUCACACUCAUGCGCACAGAACUCAAUAGUUGUGGGAAAUCUUUAUGCUAACUUCUUAUUUCAUUGUACCUUCUGAUAAGAAACUUCCCUUUUCUCAGGAGUAUGCCAAUAUAAUCUAUCUUUGCCCUGACAAUGACUGAUCAGGAAAAUGAGGGCAAGCGACCACACUGGAUAUGAAUAUGGCUCAUUCCUUCAGUGGCCAAAUAUGGCAAUAUUUGUAUUGUACUCCCAGCCAAUUUUCAUUUGACAGAAAAGAUCAUUUCAGUCCUGCAUAACAUGAAGUUUAUUUGAUUGUACCUCUGGGCCUACUUCUCUUAAAAGUGUAGUGUACAAAUAUUCCUUUGUCAAGCCUGAACUUGUGUAUAUAAAGGAAAUAAUGUAAAGUUAUAUUUUCAUGUUUUUAUACUUACCAACAUGAUGAGAAUACAUAAUGUAUGGGUAUUUCAACGACCAAUAAUGUCAAUUGGGUAAAUACACAUCUCAUUUUUAAAACAAGCUAAUCAUAAUUUAAUAUCCAUGUUACAGUACACUGGUAUAUUGCUAUAUAGAAUAUUCUGUGUGCAUUUAAGUGGAACAAAAUAGUGACGAAAGAUGACAGCUGUCUAAGGGUUUUUAAAAAAUUCAUUUUAUAGAAAACUGUUAUGGAACAACCAAAAUGUUUAUGAACUAAUUCUUGUGUAAAUUUCAAAAUGUUAUUUACUGUACUCUUUUGUUUACACAGUAUGGUAUCUUUAUUUCUGCUUUGUUAAGUGGGUAUCAGUACAAAGCUGGUCAUACACUUUUAAAGGCUUUUAAAGCCAGGCUCAUUUUCAGAUUUUCAUGUGUACUUACUUAUAUAUAAAAAUGCUUCUGAUUUUAUUUUUGAAUCUAACACAUGAUGGCUUUUCUGAAGUGUUGUACAAACUUCAAUCAUACAUAAAAUUUGUUCUUUUUUAAAAGAGACAAAUGAUUA